AUGGAGGAAGUUGAUUCACGUCUACAUCCUAAUCCUCCUCCGAGUGAAACUCUUACUCGUAUUUCAAAGAUCGAGGAAGGUUGUAUGCAUUCACGUCCUCUUCCUCCGAGUGAAACUCUUACUUGUAUUUCGAGGAUGUUGAUCAACUUCUACAUCAUUCUCCUCCAUCCACCUCGACACUUUCAUACUCCCCAGAGCGAGGCUCAAUUCAUCAAGGAUUUCAAGCGUUACGGACCCCCUACCUUUGACGGGGGAAGCAAGAAAGCGACAACAGCAGAAGAGUGGGUCAGGGAGUUGGAAGCCCUUUACGUGUACCUAGGUUGCGAGGACCAAUUCAAGGUUAAGGGUGCGGUUUUUAUGUUGAGGGGCCAGGCUCUGAAUUGGUGGGACUCAGUAGCAGCGGCUGAAGAUCAUGCUAACAUACCAGUUACGUGGGCAAGGUUCAAGGACUUGUUGUACGACUACUACUACCCGGAGACCGUGAAAGAUAUGAAAGAGGCAGAAUUCCUCCAUUUCAGCCAAGGAACCUUAACGGUAGCACAAUAUGAAAGGAAGUUUACGGAGCUCUCUCGUUUUGCUCGGGAAUUAAUUCCCACUGAAGCAAUGAAGAUCAAGAGGUUUGUUAAGGGCUUACGCAAGGGAAUAAGGGGACCAGUGGACCUUCAGUGA